AUGGAUGAUAUGACCUCGCUGAUGAGUGCCUUCCGCAAGGCUGAGGUCGACCCGGUAACAGGGUUGACCCAGUCCUUCGCGGAAGCGCACAUCGAUGAUGUGGAGAUGGCAGACGCGCAUGGGGUGGAGGAAGAAGGCAAUCCCCAUCCCAAUGGCCAUCUGACUCUCCCUGGACUCGACCCAAAGAUUCGGGCCAUGAUCUUCGAGGAGCUUUGGGGUGAAACGCCAGUGAUCGAAUCCUUCUUCAGGGGACAUCCAAUGUAUGUGGGAAGGGGGGAUACAAGGAUGCCUGUGACGCGCCGUGAGAAAGAGGCUUUCAUAGGCCAUGGCCUUCCCACCUGGCUCCUGACGAGCAAACAGUUUCUAAACGAGGGAUUGAAGCACUUUGCGGCCAAGGAAGUGAAGAUAUCGUGGAACCGCGCCGAAACCCCCGGGUACUGGGAUGCAAAACUGCCACCUACCAUCAAGAGAUUCUGGAGCCGAAGCUUUGGCCUGCUGGAGCUGACUAUCGGGGCCGCAAAAAAGAUAAGCAUUCAAGAAUAUCUAGACGAUACCUUCCAGCGGGUCAAGGGCCUGGACCGAAGUGCUGGUGGCGAUUUUGCUGACUUCGUUGAUGCGCUACUGGAUGCGGGGACUAAAGUGAGGCUUCUCCGCUUCAAUAUAAUUCUCGACUACAAUUGGAUUCUUGACCAAAACUUCAAGUGUGGCAUCUCAUUGGUGCAAAUGAGGAAACUGGCUCCCCUUCCAUUGGAGCGUCUCAUUAUCGAAUUCCGCUCAAACGCCCAUCCAUGGCGCGCGACAUACGAUAUCGUCAGGAACAGUCGCUUUACUAUGGCAAUCAGGGCGGAGAUCAAUGGUGUGGUGCGGCAUAUCUUUGGCCACGAUGCCGUGGAGAAUGAAAUAUUGUUCGACCCAAACGACAUCGAGUACUUUUCGAGCCAAGAGGAAUACAACAUCCAGAUGCAGCAGAUUGUGGCGAGUAGUCUGCUAAGGGAGUAUGAGAACGUUAUGAGGGAGCGGAAGGAGGAGCUGGCGGCUUCACAAUACCGCCGCAUCCCCGAGGAUGACCCCUUCGAAUACCUUGAUUGCGGAGCGACGUUGCAAUUCGAUUGCAAGAAAGAUGCAGACACGGCAAUGGAGUAGGAAGCGAG